AACUGAACCUGACACCUCUCAUCUAUAGGAAACGUCAUAAAGGAAUGCACCAAUAAGCGCGAUAAAUGAUUCCGUACAUAGGAGGGUGGAAAGUUCAUUUCAUAGGACAACCCUCCCAUUAUAAGGACAUUACCCCGUCCCGUCCUUGCACGGCUGCUAAAGGUAAAGUAUCUUCCAAAGCUCCGAGCACUUGCUGCAUCAGAUUCCGGCGAUGUCUCGCAAUGGCAUAGACAGAAUCCCAGGUUUGCACGUGGUAGCAAUGCCAUUUCCAGGUCAUGGUCACAUCAACCCUAUGAUGAAUGUAUGCACCCUUCUCGCUUCAAAAGGCUUAGCCAUCACAUUUGUAGUCACUGAAGAGUGGCUCUCCUUAAUCGGUUCAGGAUCAGCUCCAAACACACCCAACAUCCGAUUUCAAACCAUUCCAAAUGUAAUCCCAUCCGAGCUGACUCGUGGAUCGGAUUACACCGGCUUCAUUGAGGCUGUUUGUACGGAGAUGGAAGCUCCAUUUGAUCAGCUACUUGAUCGGCUUGAGCAGUCUGCAACUUGUAUUAUAGCUGACUCUUUCUUGGCAUGGGCAGUAGCCAUAGGAAAUCGGAGGAAUAUUCCGGUGACUCUGCUCUGGUCGAUGGCACCGUCUCUGUUUUCAUUGCGCUAUCACUAUCACCUCCUUGUUGCUCACGGCCAUCUACCAGUUCCAGUUGAAAAAUUCUCAGAAAGGAAAGAUGAGAUCAUAACCUACAUCCCUGGAAUCCCUGCAAUACGCUUUGGAGAUCUGCCACCCAUUUACACUCGCAAGAAUGAAAUUUUGAAGAGAGUACUAGAAGCCUUCUCUUGGGUAACCAAAGCACAAUUCAUUCUCUUUACUUCCUUCUAUGAGCUUCAACCCCAUGUAAUUGACACCUUAAGGGGAAUACUUCCAAUACCCAUCUACCCAGUAGGUCCCUCCAUCCCUUUCAUGUCGCUCCAAGACACAGUCAAACCUUCUGAAGCUAGGAAUGGCAAUCCUGCUGUGGAUUACUUCAAGUGGCUGGACUGUCAACCCAAAAAUUCUGUCUUGUAUGUUUCAUUGGGUAGUUUCUUACCUGUGUCCGCCACACAAAUGCAUGAAAUUGCAAUGGGGUUGCACAUCAGUGGGGUUCGAUACUUGUGGGUUGCUCGUGGUGAAGCCUCCAACUUGGAGGAAACCUGUGGUGAAAUGGGACUUGUAGUGCCAUGGUGUGACCAAUUGAGGGUCUUAUGCCAUUCAUCAGUAGCAGGGUUCUUGACACAUUGUGGAUGGAAUUCAAUACUGGAAGCCAUAAACUCAGGUGUGCCAAUGCUCACUUUUCCUCUGUUUGCUGACCAAAUUCCUAAUAGUUUGUUGAUUGUGGAAGACUGGAAGAUCGGCUUGACGGUCAAAGAGGAUACUGGAGAGGAAAAUGUUGUUGGAAGAGAUAAGAUUGCUCGUGUUGUCCGAAGGUUGAUGGAUGGAGAAGAAGGAAUAGAGCUGAGGGAAAGAGCUAAAGAACUACAGAGAUCUUGUCAAAGAGCUAUUAAGAACGAUGGAUCUACUUUCACAAAUCUCAAUGCUUUUAUAGGAGGCCUUCUAAGAAUUACCAAUCUUGAAUUUGGUAAUGAAAGAACUUAAUUAGUUGGUUCUGAUUAAAUUUCAAUAAUGUGAUAAUCUGUUAAUGCUUUACUUUUAUAGAGAGUUGAGACUACUCAAAUCUAGUGAUCUGUUUUAAACAAUUUGAA